AUGGAUUCUGAGCAGCGGCCCGCGGCAGCAACGGCGGGUGCAGGAGACGGAGGCACCCUGGGGCUGGAGGCGGCCCCCCCGCCUGCCCCCGGCCCGGCUACCGCCGUCCCAGGACCCUCGCCCGUUCCGGGGCCCGAACUAGGGCCCGGGCCGAUGCGGCGGCAGCUCGGGGCCCUCCUCCAGCCAGCCGUCAACAAGUUCUCCCUCCGGGUAUUCGGUAGCCACAAGGCGGUGGAGAUAGAGCAGGAGCGGGUCAAGUCAGCCGGAGCCUGGAUCAUCCAUCCCUACAGCGACUUCCGAUUUUACUGGGACCUGAUCAUGCUACUAUUAAUGGUGGGGAAUCUUAUUGUCCUCCCCGUGGGCAUCACCUUUUUCAAGGAGGAAAACUCCCCACCCUGGAUUGUCUUCAAUGUCCUCUCCGACACCUUUUUCCUGCUGGACCUGGUGCUGAACUUCAGGACAGGGAUUGUGGUGGAAGAAGGAGCAGAGAUUCUCCUGGCUCCUCAAGCCAUCCGAACUCGCUACCUCCGCACCUGGUUUUUAGUGGAUCUCAUCUCCUCCAUUCCAGUGGACUACAUCUUCCUCGUGGUGGAGUUGGAACCACGAUUAGAUGCUGAGGUUUACAAGACAGCCAGGGCCCUUCGAAUUGUCCGUUUCACCAAGAUCCUCAGCCUUCUGCGGCUGCUCCGCCUCUCCCGCCUCAUCCGAUACAUCCACCAAUGGGAGGAGAUCUUUCACAUGACCUAUGACCUGGCCAGUGCUGUGGUUCGGAUCUUCAAUCUCAUUGGGAUGAUGCUGCUGUUGUGUCACUGGGAUGGCUGCCUACAAUUCCUGGUCCCAAUGCUCCAGGACUUUCCUCCUGACUGCUGGGUUUCCAUCAACCACAUGGUG